AAAGAGAUUGAAAAAGGGACGAAACCCACCAAAUCCCCAUAUUCAAAUAAAUUCUAUGAUCCGGGGAAUUUGCGGCGGAUCGACUUAGAGAGUCUAACAAUAAUCCGAUGGCCAUAACAUUAAAUUCGUUCAUACCAUCACCAAACCAUCCCUUUUUAAGCAAAUUCCACUCUCCAUCAGUUGUUUCCGGUAAACUUUGACCGAUUCUCAGAACAAUUGCAGGCGCAUUCGACUGUGAAAGAAAACUCAAGAACAUCACGAAGAUUCAGAAGGCCGUCAGAUGAUGAAGCCUUUUCCGACUCGAUUUCUAUAUUUUCUGACUAUUAUAAUGGAGAAUGCCUCGAUUCAUGAGAUUUUGGUGUUUCUUCCAUAGAGAUUUUGGUGUUUCGAACAAUGUCAAGCGUGGAUUGGCGGUGGUUGUUUACUGUUUUUCUCUUUCGAUUUUGAAGAACAGGGAAGAAGUUGAAGACGGUGGUUGAGCAGUAGAUUUUAUGUCGGCUUUGUUCAUAUUGGCAGUCAUUGGGGCUCUGUUGCAGCUCUGGUUUUCUUCUUCUGCUUUCUUCUCACUCUGCUGCUUCUGGCAGAGGUUGAUUCUUGUGCAACAAUCGUUUUCAAUGCUUUUCAGAUUCAAAUGGACUUGUUCUGGAGUAAAAUUCUCGUGGACUUUUCGUAUAAAGCAAUUUCUUCUUCGUUUCUCCACCUUACACUUCCGCUGUUUUGAUUCUCAGAAAUCUUCCAUUGUUUCCGUUCGAUUAUUCAUAAAUUAUUCUGUUCUUGUUCUUCUUAAUCUGUCGUACUACUCUCUGAUGCCGCAUCCUAAUCAGAGAAGUGUUAGCGACAGAAAGUUCAAACAGUCGACGAAUUUCUCUGGAGAUCCGAAAAUGAGGAGAAAAGUUCGUAUAAUCUGUUAUGAUCCUGAUGCAACGGACGCGUCUUCAAGCGAAGAUGAAGGAGAAGUAUACGGAAGAUUAAGAAGAAGAUUGAACAAAAAAAACCGAAUCAUACACGAAAUCGACCUGCCUACGCCGAUGAACGCUCCCGAAUCUAAGAGUUCUAAGAGCAGCAACAAUGGAAACAAAUACCCUCAGUCUCGAAGAUUAUCGUCUUCGAAAUACAAAGGUGUGAGACAGAGACCUUGGGGGAAAUGGGCGGCGGAGAUUCGAGAUCCGUUCAAAAGAAGCCGUGUUUGGCUAGGUACUUACGACAAUGCUGAAGAAGCUUUUCAAGCCUAUGAAUCGAAGCGGUUGCAGUUUGAAGCUAUGGCAGCGGAAAUGGCUUCUGGCAACGGCACUGUGUCAGAUCAGACUGAUUCUUCGGUGAGCACGACGGAGACCACCAUGUCACGCACAUCUCCGCCGUCUGUUCUCGAAUGGAACGAUUCAUCUUCUCAAAGCCGAGAGGGAGAUUCAAUCAAAGAAAAAACAGACACAAAUAUGCACUAUCUUCAAGAAGCGGAUCUGGGGAAUGAAUUUGGUUGGAGUCUGGCUGAUGGAAUCGGGAUGUUCUUGGACGAUUUUGCAAGUCUAGACAACACCCAUUUUUUUGUGUUUGCCGAUGCUGAUGAUGAACCUUGCUUCCUUCCAAAUUUUGAUUGUGAUCAUAUAUGGAAUGCUGAGAUUUCUAGUUGGCUUGAUGAACCGAUCAACAUAACUUGUUCAUAAUUUUUUUCUGCUUAGGAAUUUUCUCCAUUUUUUUGAAGUUUUGAUUCAUUGAGAAUGCAGUUUCUAGAGAGAAAAUGAGAUAGGGUUUAGGGUUUAGGGUUUUUUUUGUUAAUCUAUUUCGAUUUAUAAACGAUUAUUAGUCUUGGAUUCUUUA